UUUAGUUGCCUUUGCGCCACAUGAAACCAAAAACCAUGACCCGGUAUUUCAAUAUCUAAGUGAAAAUUGAAACACUCCUUGUAAUCUUCUACAUCUCUCCAACAAGAAGAAGAAAACGAUGAGCUGUGUGUAUUGUAGUAGUAGUGGGUCUGCGCUCAUAUCAAAAACAAUGCACAGUAAUAGGUUCAUAUCACCAAUUGGUAUUAAAUUUAUUAUUGUGCCCUGUAAUGCAAGGCCAUGCAAUAGGAUUUCUAGCAUCCAGGUCCGGGCUUCUAUGGUGGACUCUUCCUCUGAUUUUGUUAAGCGCAUGGAACAAGCCUGGUUAAUCUCCAAGCAACCAAGACCAAUUGUCUGUUCAUCUUGCAACUCAAAAGGGCAUACUGAAUGCAAAUGGUGUGGGGGUAGUGGUUUCUUCAUUAUUGGUGACAACAUGCUCUGUGAAGUUCCAUCCAAAAACACUAGCUGUAUUAUUUGCAAUGGAAAGGGUUCAAUUUGCUGCUCUGAUUGUCAAGGAACAGGCUUUCGUGCAAAGUGGUUGGAAGAACCUCCUACUUCAAAGUAACAAAAUAUAAUUAACGGCUUUUUAAGUUGUGAGAUAUUGAAGCAACACCUACCUCAAUUUACAUGUGUCUAUGUUUCGGGUGGGGAAGAGUUGAUGGCCAACUGAAGAAAUAUGCAGCAAUGGCUUGAACAGUAGAUUACUUGUACAGCGAACAAUAUUGUUCAGUUCAGCUGCUUGUGUUUUAAUAACGCUGACAUUUAUUUUAUAUGUACUUGUGUCAAAGACUUUACAAAAUGCAACA